UUCAGAUUAUAUUCAUCAGAUUAGAUGGAUAUGAUAGCGGACGAUGGUAAGAUUCCAGGUUUCACUGACGCUUAACGACGAGAUUUCCAUCGGCAGAUCAGCUAAAGAAUAAAUUUUGAGCAAACAGAUCAUGAAACAAAUGGAAGAAUAAGUGUGUGCUAAUUGUUGAAGAGCAAAGCUGAAGAGUACGGAUCAGGUUCAGAACAAUACAGUCUAGAAAGGGCUGUAAAGAGAAUGUCAAAACGAAAAGUUCUACUGAUGGGGAAAAGCGGUUCUGGGAAAACUUCAAUGCGUUCCAUCAUAUUUGCCAAUUAUAUUGCUCGUGAUACGAAUCGUCUUGGACCAACGAUGGAGGUAGAACAUGCUCAUAUUCGGUUUCUGGGUAAUCUGGUAUUGCAUCUUUGGGAUUGUGGUGGUCAAGAAGCGUUUAUGGAGAAUUACUUAGCUUCACAAAAAGACCAAAUCUUCAAAAAUGUUCAGGUAUUGAUAUAUGUAUUCGAUGUAGAAAGUCGUGAACUGGAAAAGGAUUAUCGAUAUUACCAGUCAUGUCUGGAAGCACUGAUUCAAAACUCACCAAAUGCUAAAGUAUUCUGCUUAAUACAUAAAAUGGACUUGGUUUCUGAAGAACACAGGGAUCAGGUAUUUGCAGAGAAAGAGCGAGAUAUAAUGUGCAGAUCGAAGCUUGCUGCUGAAAAAUUUGGUCAUGAUAACGUCGUGAGGCAGUGUUAUCGAUCAUCAAUUUGGGAUGAAACGCUUUACAAGGCUUGGUCGGCGAUCGUUUGUCAUUUAGUACCAAAUGUUGCAUCAAUGGAAGCCAGACUGAAACAGUUUGCUGUAAUCCUGGAUGCUGAUGAAGUAUUAUUAUUCGAAAAGGCAACUUUCCUUGUGAUAGCGCAGGCACAAAUCGUCCAACAUGACGAUAUUCACCGUUUUGAAAAAGUUUCGAACAUCAUCAAACAGUUCAAACUGUCAUGCAGCAAGCUGGGUUCUCAGUUUGAAUGUAUGUGUGUCCGGAAUAGUAAAUUUGCUGCAUUUAUUGAUAGCUUUACCUGCAACACAUUCAUCAUGGUAGUUCUGUCGGAUGCAACUGUUUCAUCUGCUGCAACGUUGAUGAAUAUAAGGAAUGCCCGGAAACACUUUGAAAAACUAGAAGCUCGGUAGCGGUCAAAUUCUUCAGCAUACUCACAAUUAUACUGCACCCUCAUCUAUUUUUCAUUCUGGCCAGGACUGAAUACUUUGUGUCGUGAUGGACUGAAUUGACUUAUUACACCUCGAAGUGACAUCUCAACUUAUAUCGCAUUUUAUUGCCAUCUUCUAUCACCAGUUGUUUUUCUGAUCCUUCACGUCAUAUUUUUCACUAUUAACAUUAUUUUAUUUCCAACUUGCUAUGAAUUGUAACCAUAAAUUUUCGUUUUGUGUCGCUGAGACAGUAUCUUUAUUCAGAUGACUUGAAAUAUGAUCAUAUUGGCUUGUUUGCCCAGGCAUUUUCUUGAACUUCUACUUUUUCCACAACUUUUUCAUCGGAAGUUUUUUUGAUCUCUCUUUUUUUUUCGUAGAUAUUUCCAGUUACAUUCAUUCUUUAUGUUUUCCAUCGGUUAAUAUAAUUUGUUCUUUUCUUCUUACUGAUACAAGCGAACGAUAGUUUCAUUGUUCUUUCAGAGCUACAAAGUGAACUGUAUAUCUCACUUGAUAUGUAGUGAUACUAAAAACUUUCAUACUUGUAUUUACCUUUUAUUUGUACGCUUUAGAUUUAUUUCUUGAAAAAAUUUACAGCUGCUAAGGAAUGAUCAUUAGUUUUAAGUUUUUCAUCCUACUUAUGUAUCCAGAAUGAACUUAAUAAAGUUAAACUGUUGCACUAAAAAAAGACUUCUUCCUCG